AUGUCAUCAACAUUAUCAAAUCAAGCUCAAUUGAGAUACAUGGUGGAGUGGUUUCAAGAGUGGUCCGAAAUGCAGCGUGGAGAUUUUUUAAGUGUACUUAUUGAACGAUGUGGACCUCCUGAUUUGGUGAAUGGACUUGUAUCUGGCAUCGAAGGUUUGGGAUGCAAUAAAGAUGAACCAACGAGACCACCAAGUUUGUUUCAAUGUCGUGUAAAACUUUUCCAAGAAUGGAGCCAGAAUUGGUCUCAACAGGAGAAAGACAGUUUACUGACUUCCAUUAAGAAUAUUGAUCCUAAAUUUGCUGAAAAAUAUGAACGAAGACUGACAACUGGCAGCGUUGAAGAAGAAGAAUCGUAG